AAUAACGUCUGUUCGCCUGAGCUGGGAGAGGUGAUGUCUCUUUAAGAAGCUCAGCCCUCUGCCGAAACAAUUGUACAACCCCCCAACAAGUCAUCGGGCCUGUCAAUCAUCCGGUCGGCGCCCUUUGAUGUCGGACUCCUCGCCUUGUCUUGGGCUCAAAUGAGCUGUUUGCUGCUGUAGGGAAACAUUAGUCUUCUACCAACCAACCAGCCGGGGGACGCCACAUCUCAACUUUUUUCUGUAUGCGGUGGGGGUUUCUGUACUUCGGAGGCGUCCCAGACUGAGGAGAUUUUAACAGAGAAGUCCCGCUGAAUCUUUUUCUUUCUACUUUUUUAUUUUUAUUUUUUGUCAGUAUCAUUUUUUAAACGUGUAUAACAUCGAAGAGGAGGGGGGAAGUAGACAUGCCUCAGCUUAGCAGCGGCGGCGGGGACGACCUGGGAGCCAAUGAUGAGAUGAUAUCGUUUAAGGACGAAGGAGAGCAAGAGGAGAAAAUCCAAGAAAACGCGUUCACGGAGAGAGACCUGGCCGACCUCAAGUCCUCUCUGGUGAACGAGUCGGAAAUAAAUCAAAGUCCGAACGCAGCGGCGGUCAGACGGGGACAGCAGGGCGAGCAGAGGGGCUUCCCAGACAAACACCGGGAGCAUCUCGACGUUGUGUCGAAGCAGCAAGAUGGAGGUAUGUACAAGUCGCCGGGAUAUCCAGGGUACCCGUUCCUGAUGCUGCCAGACCCCUAUCUCCCCAACAGCUCCGUUUCUCCAUCUUCUAACAAAGUCUCGGUGGUACAGCAGUCUCACGGGAUGCACCCGCUGACCUCCCUCCUGCCCUACAGCAACGAUCACUUCAGCCCGAGUUCUCCUCACCUGCCCACAGACAUGAGCCAGAAGACAGGCGUUCACAGGCAUCAGUCCCAGGACCUCUCAGGAUAUUACUCCCUCCCUCCUGGUGGCGUCAGCCAGAUCACUCCCUCGAUGAGUUGGCAGAGCCAGCCUGUCUAUCCUGCCCUGUCCCCAUGUGGAUUCAGGCAGCCCUACCCCUCCAAUCUCCCCAGCGCAUCGUCCUACUCCAGGUUUUCUCACUCGCUGAUGCUCGGCCCAUCGGGCAUGCAUCCUACAGGGAUCCCCCAUCCAGCCAUAGUGCCCCCUACAGGCAAACAGGAGCACGAGCAGUAUGACAGGAGCAUGUACGUGAAGCCACAGGUGGAGCCCAAGCGGGAGAAGGAGCCCAAGAAGCCGGUCAUCAAGAAACCUCUGAACGCCUUCAUGCUUUACAUGAAGGAGAUGAGGGCAAAGGUCAUCGCCGAGUGCACAUUAAAAGAGAGCGCAGCCAUCAAUCAGAUCCUGGGACGAAGGUGGCAUGCACUGACCCGGGAGGAACAGGCCAAGUACUACGAGCUGGCCAGAAAGGAAAGACAACUGCACAUGCAGCUCUACCCAACUUGGUCUGCUAGGGACAACUACGAGGCGGGCCUUAGCGGGGUCGCAGGGGAAAAGAAUAAAGCUGAUUGGGGCAAGAAGAAGAGGAGAAAAAGGGAGAAGCAGCAGGACUCCAACACAGACCCGGGCUCUCCUAAGAAAUGCCGGGCUCGCUUCGGCCUCAACCAACAAACGGACUGGUGCGGUCCUUGCAGGAGGAAAAAGAAGUGCAUUCGCUACCUUCAAGGAGGAGGCUGCCCCAGCCCAACUUCUUCAGAUUUAAGUGCUAUAGACUCUCCCCCGUCCCCUUCUCCCGCCCGACACCGUCUCUUCCAGCACCAGCGGCCCCCCUCCCCGGGCUGCUCCCCGCCGCCCACCUCCCCUUCGGCGCGUCUCCCCUUGUCUCCGCCAGCGCAUGCACUCUCACACACGCGCUUAACUCCGGAGCAGUCUGCCGGCAAACGCGGCGACCUCCGCCCGCCCGCAGCAAAGCACCCCCACGCACACCCGGAACUGUCCAGCAAGCAGACGCACAGCUCGUCGGUGCUGUCGGCCGCCAAGGCCGCAGGACUCUCUCUCAAAGUGCUAACGGAGACCCAGUGAUGGCCGUGGUCUGCUCGCAUCAACAACCCCUGCACUCCUCAGCUUCCUCCAGAGCCGUUACGAUCAUCCUCAUCAGCUGACAUCAGUCUUAUGUACACCCCCUCCCCCGAGGUUCAUUUGAUGUUACAGAAAAAGGAGCAAGUUGAAGGCAUCGACCCCUCCCCUCCCCUCCCCUAUCCUCAGUAGGACAGUAGCUGUCUCUUAGUUCAGAGGCUGGAUUCUUCAAUAUCUGCAUUUUUACAACGGUCACCAAGUCCUUCUCAAAGAGAUCUGUCACGUGACAUUACAUUAAGCUGAGGACACAAGCCAAUCUGAAGGAUCCAGCCGCUGAACUGGUGACCAUAAAUCCACCAGCUUUAGAACACAUAGUAGCGAGCAAUGCUAAUGUGCAUGCAAAAACAAAACAAUAAAAAAAUUAUUGCGGUUCUUUGGCUCCACCUGCUGCAGUUAAACUUAACUGAAGUGAUUAUCAUACCUUAUGGAUAAGUAACUCCAUAGCGAUGACAAUCUGACAUACUUUUACACUUAAAGCUUCACCAUCACAUCUAUCUCCUGGAAAUGUUAUCACCCAUUUAUAAGAACCACGAGAGGGGAGCAAGGACCAACUACCACCCAACCUGACCAGCAGAACCUCAGAUUCCAAGAGGCAUGGAUUCACUUUCAUUAGCUGCCAUUUCACAGUCUGACUCUAAGUUUCCCCCUUUUUUUUUCAAACAUUUUUAUGAAUACUUGUGCAGCUUCUUUGACAAAAAAAUAUUAUAAAUACAUAUAUAUAUAUAUAUGUUUCCAGCAGUUUUAAAAAGAAAAUUCUGAAGUUCACAUUACUUUUAGGCACUUUCAGGCUGUCAAUCUAUGGCUUCACCAACUGUUACAUUGUUUGUGUUUUUGCAUAAUUAGUGGUAUUUUUUGUAUGAAUCUCAUGAUUUUUAAGGUCAGGCUUUCUACAGGUGGGAAUCCCUCAGAAGAGUGUUGUCUUUUUUUUUUUUAAGUCUUGUUUUCCUUUGAACAUUUUCCAGUGCAGCAGAUUAAACUGAGACCAAAUGGGUACUAUUAUAUUGCAUUGUGUUGUAAAGUUUUAUAAUUAAACUUUUAUAUGGUUUUAUGUAAAAAAAAAAAUUAAAAAAAGUUUUAAAAAAAAACAACUAUUCUUUAAAAAAAAAAAAAAAAAAAAAAAGUUAGUUUCUACCAUUUCUUAAAGGAAUAUUUGUUUGUCCUGUGCAGUUUUUUUUGUUUUUUUUUUGGUCAAGUGUCAUGGUCUUACUCUGCAUUUUUACAGCUAACGUAACAGACAUUUUGAUUAUAAUUUUUUUUUUUUUUUUUUUUUUUAAAGGCUUUAAUUUUCCUUUCUGCUUCCAGCUUCCAACUCUGUGGACAAACUAUAAGCUGAGUUUGUUGUGCAGCAAUAUAGUUUCCCUCCACCAGAGAGAGCUAUUGUGCUAGAAGUAGUUUGCAAUAGUGGCAGCACCUCACAGAUCUCAAGCUUUUUUUUUUCUUUUUUCUUUUUUUUUUUUUUAAAUGCCUUUGAUGUGUUACUGUGUUUUUGACUGUUGUAAUAAAGUGUUUUGAUUAUU